AUGAAUGCCGAAAUCGCGGCCGGAAAACCAACCGCCCGUCCGUUACGUAGCGUGGGAGCCGCGAGCUCAACCCCGAAGCAAGCGACAGUCUUGCCCCGUGAAUACGACACGGACGACGAAUACAUUGAGAAGGAUUCGGACGAUGAGGACGAUGCUGCCGGCUCCGAUCGCGACGAUGCCGUUGCCGCUUGGCACGGCAUUGCUGAAUACAACGGCCCUGAUCAGGACGAUGCAACAGCUGCUCAAGCCGAUCACGAUCAAUCUGCGGCUGCCUCGCGCUCUGACCGGAAGCGGAAGGGAAAGUUUGCAGUGCGCAGCCCUGCUAAGGUGAACAGCAGCCCGGGGCCUAGCGCUCGUAUUGAGUGGACGCUGAAGGAGUCGACCAUCCUUGUUGCAGCUCGUUGCCGCAACGCUACCGCGUGCACCAACCAGUGGAAACGGUUGAAGGCCUUGUGGAAGCAGGUGACGAAGGGGGACUCUGCGUCGGGUGGGGCAACUGUCAUCAAGCCCCCGUGGUGGGAGUGGAUGGUCCUUUUCUAUAAGGACACUGCAGCGGCGGACCCGCACGCACUGGAUGGUGGCGGUGCUGACGACGUUACCGUCGAUCCAGGCCUGAACAUCCCUAAGCCCGCGAAAACCGACGCUACGACUACAACAUGCCGCGGCACACCCCCGAGCGCAAAACGUCGCAUCAACGAGACAGCAACUAUGGCGGCUGCUCAACUUUUGGCUGACACUCUCACGCGAUGCUCAGAGGAGGGCGUCUCCCAGAUCACCGGAGUAAUCCGGGAGUGGAUGGCAAGCCAGCAGUCUCAAACUAGUCGCCCGCUUUUCUUCUCCUGCGGACGUGCUGGCAAUGACAACGCAUGGCCGGACGCAGACAAUGCCACGGAGGGCGACGAGGUUGAGGAGUGGCGGUGCUGA